UCUUGCGUGGAGGAAGAAUCAUAGCUUCAUCGUUCUCUCUCCCAAGAAAAAACUCCAAAACCCUAAACCAAAUCGACGAAGAUGCCAAUUUUUUAUACUGGCAAAGACGAUUUAGCUGUGGCGAAUCUGCUUUCACAAGCUAAAGAUCACUACGUUCUUGAACAAGUCGCCAAAAUCAACUGCUCUGGCUUCACCGACGACUCUGCUCUUCCCUCUAAUCUCGAAACCCGUUCCCGUUUACGUCGUCUCAAAUCUCUUCCGGUUUCUAGAUCCGACUCUGUUGCUUCGUCCUCGAAGAAGAAGCUUCUCUCUCUGUCCAAGACAUUGGCAAGUUACCCUAAGAAGAAGAGUUGUGGAAACGGUUCCUCUGUUUCUUCUUUUUCAAGUUUCUCGGGAAAUCGAACUGGAAACUCUUGUCCUUUGGAUUCAUCUGUCGGAAUCAAACGUGAUACGAGUGUAUAUUCGAGGUUUGAGAAGAAUUCACGAGGUGAGUUUGGAGAUUUCUCAGAUUCUGGGAGAAUUGGUUAUAGUUCAUCAAAACGGAUGAACCCUAAGUUUUUGACUCCAGCAACACAAACCUUGAAGCUUCGUCCUAAAGAGAACUCAAGAACCAGUUCAUCUACACUAACCUCCAUUGAUUCAGCUUCCCCAUCAUCUUAUCUGGACCAAAAGGAGAAAUCGAAAUCGAGGUUUUUAAGAUCAUGGUUUGAUAAGUUACCCCUAGCACAAGCCAUGGGUUGCUUACAAGGCAAGUCUUCAUCCAAAAGCAAAAAGACAAAAGAGAGCUGCACAGAAGAAUUUUCUUGGGAAGAAGAAUUCAAGAAGGCGAAGAAGAGAGUCGAAGAAGAGUCGAAGCAGAUGAAAAUAAUGUUAAAAACUCGUCAAAAUGUCAAAGAUUGUGAGGUCUAAUUCAAUACUUGAUCACUACUAGGAAUUUUAAAAAAAUGAUUGGUUUCAA